CCUCAGUCUUACUUUUCAUCCAACAGACAACACUAACAAGACUUGCUGGGGCUCCCACCAGAAAACAGCAAACGUCCGAUCAACUUAUGACAUCAGUCCAUGAGGAUUGAAUAGACAAAAAAAGGAGAUAAAACUGUAUCACUUAUCAUGUGGCUCCUUCUGCUGGUGGUAUUUGUCCAGAUCUUUUUGUACCGAUGGUACAGACAAAGUCUGAUCCUGGAGAAUCUCACAGACAAAUAUGUCUUUAUUACUGGAUGUGACACUGGGUUUGGAAACCUGCUGGCCAAGCAACUGGACAAACGUGGAAUGAAGGUUCUGGCAGCUUGUCUGACUGACCAUGGGGCUCAGAAUCUAAAGGAAGAGACCUCUAGUAGGCUACAAACAAUAUUACUGGAUGUUACUGACAGCAAAAGUGUAAGCUCUGCUGCCGAGAGUGUGUCGACUAUAGUUGGAAAUACAGGACUCUGGGGUUUGGUUAAUAAUGCAGGGUUCUGCUUUUGUUUUGGUCCCAAUGAAUGGCAAAAAAAGGAAGAUUUCUUAAAGGCCCUGAAUGUGAAUUUGAUUGGUAUGAUAGACGUGACUCUACAUCUACUGCCUCUUGUAAGAAAAGCCAAAGGACGUAUUGUUAAUGUAUCUAGUGCUAUGGGAAGGCUGGCUACCGUUGGUGGAGGAUAUUGCCCAUCCAAGUAUGGUGUGGAGGCCUUCUCCGAUAGUAUAAGGAGGGAAUUACGGGACUUUGGAAUAAAAGUCUCCCUCAUAGAACCAGGCUGUUUCCAAACAAAUAUGACGCUCUCAGUUGAUGCUCAUGUAAAUAACUUACAACGUCUUUGGGAAAAUCUCCCCACAGGAAUUAGAGAUAGCUAUGGCAAGCAAUACUAUGAGCAAUAUGAGAAUGGUCUGAAGGCUUUAUUGGGAACAGCAAGUCCCAGGACUUAUGAGGUUCCAAACUGUAUGGAGCAUGCUUUGACUGCUGUAUACCCUUGGACAAGAUAUACUCCUGGCCUGGACUCCAAGCUCAUCUACAUCCCUGUAUCAUACCUCCCUACCAUGUUCUCCGACUAUUGGCUAUGUCGCUCUUUACCCAAACCUGUGGAUAAAAAAAGUUGA